GAGAGAUCAUGUGAGGAACACUGGGGAGGUCGGAGACGCAGAGGACAAGGGAAGAAGUUGUGACACUGGUUGGGACAGUGUCAAGCAAUGGACUGAGAGGAGAGCAUGAAGAGAAAAGUUGAAACGUCUGAAACGGUGAAAGAGAGAGCCUCAAUGUCUUUAUCGAUCUGCUUUGCUCUGGUCCUUUUCCAGUGACUCUUUAUUGAGAUUCUCCUUAAUGUAAAGUUUGACAGGGAAGAGAAAACAGCGGUGGGAGAGACAGCAGUGGAAAGUCGGGGGACACUGUAGUAGAAUGUCCUUCACAAGAGAUGAACAUCUGGGGAAAAGGAGCUAAAUCAGGAGUUCCCAGCAACUACAAGUGAGGUUUCAGAGAGAUAAAGUCUCUAAUCAUCCAGCGAAAAGGUCCUUUGUUGUGAGAGGAUGGGUACCUGCUGCAGCCGCGACCCCACACGGGAGGCUGGUCACACACUGGUUCCCAUCAAACGUCACACGUCCUGGCCGGCGACGGCCAAGGUGGUCACUAACCUUGAUGAUCAUGAAUUCUCCACAUGGGAUCUGACAUGUGACGCAAGUCAUAGCCAGAGGACCACGGCGUUUCACCAUCCUGUGACCGGACAGAUUUCUCCAGAGAACAUGGAUUUUAUCCUGCAAGAACAGCCGCAGGGUGCUUCCAUGAUGUCAAAACCCAUGGGUGAGCAGCUCUCGAGCACCACCGUCAGCGAGGCCUCCACUGCCAUCACCUCCUCCACUGUGGACACCACCUCUGCCUCCAAGGGCUCCCGGUCCAGUGGCAAGGUGCACAGCUUUGGGAAGAGAGAGCAGGCCAUUAAAAGGAAUCCUAAUGUCCCUGUGGUGGUCCGAGGAUGGCUGUACAAACAGGACAGCUCUGGGAUGCGGCUUUGGAAGAGGAAGUGGUUCGUCUUGGCUGAUUUCUGUCUGUUCUACUACAAAGACAGCAGAGAGGAAUUGGUCCUGGGCAGUAUUCCUCUGCCCAGCUAUGUCAUUUCACCCGUGGGACCUGAGGACCACAUAAGCCGCAAGUAUGCCUUCAAGGCUAGCCACACUGGUAUGCGCUCGUACAUUUACAAGCAGAGCUCUGUGAUUGGCUCGCAGGCGGAGCACACCGGGAUGCGGACAUAUUACUUCAGCGCUGACACCCAGGAGGACAUGAACACCUGGCUGAUGGCCAUGAACCAAGCCACGCUGAUGCAGAAUCACAGCAACACACUCAUCAGACCAUCUGACAAGUUCGAGACGUUUAACACGUCGCAGCUGCAGGCUGUCCCGCAGACGAACCACGUAAACAACCACAAGAGCGCAGACUCUGAGAACAUCAGACCCAUCAUCCACGAGGUUUUCCUGGAGCCCAUUCACCGUGAUGCAGAUGAACGCUGCAGCUUCCACAAAGAUUCUCCUGCCACCACCAUGUCGGAGCAGCCCGUAGGAAGCACAGCGCUGGAAAUGGAUACACACACGUCCCUCCCCUCCAACCCUGCGUCCUCUGCCCACCCACUGUUGGACCACAUGUCGGCCUCAGCGCCUGUGUCCAGGGUUCCGUCCCGGGCACCGUCUCGAGCCGCCUCGACGCUGCCCUCCAGCGUUUGCACGAGGAACGGCCUCGUCUCCACGCCCAGCCCCAUCCUGGAGCCCAACGGGAUCGCAGCGGGGACGUACCAGAGGGCCCCAGCCCCGCCCCCUGCUGACACACACAAGCUGGUGCGCAGGAGAAGUGCUCUGGAGCAAGUGGAGCAGUGGGUCAAAGUGCAGAAGGCUGACAACAAAGGCCCCCCAUCCAGAGAAAACACCCUCCCUCGACGCACGCCCCCAACCCAGCACAAGUUCACCUCCAUAGAUGCAUAUCAGACCCUGCCAAAGACUCCUCGCCAGAGCCCCACGCCUGCCCGACUCGGCGAGUACAAGUACGCCCAGGACCGCCUCAGCCACUUCCGCCUCGCCCCCGACUCAGGGCCCAACACCGUCUGGCAGCUGUACGAGUGGCAGCAGCGCCACCAGUACCGUCACGGCAGCCCCACGGCGCCACUCUACACCCCGGCCCCGGACUACCCAUUUGGCCCACGCCCCCCAUCCACUGUGCCUCUCUCCUCCUCAGCACCCAGGUCCGAAGGACCGCCCCGCUGUGUGUCGGUGCCACCUUCAGCUGCAGACAUCCCUCCACCAGGGCCGCCGCCUGGCUCCAGCAGAACCCUGUCGCCCACACGGAGGCCGCACACACCAGCUGAACGGGUGACAGUCAGGCCCGUGGGUGAUAGAUCGGUGGUGGACAUCCCCUUCGCUGUUUCCCCCCGCAGGACCAAAUCUCAGAUGCUUAAGGGUGCUACUAUCGAGAGACGGUCAAUGCCUCCAUCUGGCUACAUCACACACACAGUCAGUGCACCCAGCCUUCAUGGCAAAACGGCUGAUGACACCUAUCUGCAGCUGAAGAAGGACUUGGAGUAUUUGGACCUAAAGGUAGCUGGAAGUCAGACACUGAGGGAGUCAGGGAAACCUGUCAAGGUUGCAGAAAGUGAUGUGGAUGUGAAGUUGAGUCGGUUGUGUGAGCAGGACAAGAUCCUCAAGGAUCUGGAGGCGAGGAUCAGCUCCCUGAAGGAGGACAAGGACAAGCUGGAGAGUGUACUGGAUGUGUCCCACCGGCAGAUGGAGCAGUACCUGGAGCAGCCGGCCCACGCCCACAAGAUAGCCUACCAGCAGAGGCUUCUGCAGGAAGAUCUGGUCUCCAUCAGGGCCCAAAUAUCACGCCUCUCCACUGAGAUGGCCCACGCCUGGGAGGAAUACGUCAGGCUGGAGAGAUCAAUGGAGCAGUUGAGGAUGGCGCUGCAGGCACACAUGAACCACAGCGCCACCCCUCAGCAAGAGAAAACUGAGAUGAAGCGCGAGCUGUGGAGGAUCGAGGACGUGAUGGGGGGGCUGAGUGCCAGCAAAGCCAACUACAAGAUCACCAUUGACUCUGUCCAGAACCCAGAGAGGAAAUUAGUGCCUUCGGUGUCAGACCCGGCAGUGCCUUCUCAAAGCAUAGAGGUCCAGCCUCCUCCUCGCAGCUCCAUCCCCAGCAUCCUCUCCCAUACUUUGCCUCACAGCACCGUGCCAAAGUGGGCAGAGGACACCGCCCCACCCAGGCCACCACUGCCUCGUCUCUACGACUACGAGGAGACGCCCCCUGUGGUGCCACCUCUACCCAAAGAGGCCUCGGUCAUCCGCCACACGUCAGUGCGUGGGCUGAAACGCCAAUCAGAUGAGAGGAAGAGGGACAGGGAGGGCGGGCAGUAUGUUGUCAAUGGAGACUGUAAGACUGACUUGCGGUCGUACCUGAGUGAACCAGAGCUGCCAGGACUGAGCCAACACAGCACCGGGUCUGACGUUGAAUACCAGUAUUUCCAGAGCAAAGGUCUGCCAGGCCCCUCCUCUCGACUGAACCAGUCCAACUCCAUCUCCAUCGCGUCCUAUGUUACCCUAAGGAGAGGCCCCGGGAGCUCCGCAGCCAGGGAGAGACCCAAGAGUGCCUUGGAGCGUCUGUCCUCCCCUACAGAAGCCCUGCAGCUCCCGAGCAGCCAGCCUCGAGGGCGAAUGACUGCGGAGGAGCAGCUGGAGCGGAUGAAGCGCCACCAGAAGGCGCUGGUUCGCGAGCGCAAGAGGAACCUCAGCCAGGGCGAACGCUCCGGCGCGGGCCUCUCCACCUCCACUGUCCCCACCCAGCGCUCCUCGUCCUCCUCCAGACUGCCCUCCAGCACCUCAGAUCCUCCGGUCUCCGUGUUUGACUGUCGGGAGGAGCGACUUGCUGCAGAGGGUCAGAGCGAUGAAGGGUGGAAUCAAGCGAAAGAGAGAGGGAGGAGCCAAUCAGAAGAGUGGGUGACGGCUACAGCCACGCGCAUACAAGAGGUGGAUGUGGAGCCUCUCGACUAUGACCUGGAUAUCAGCCGAGAGCUGUCCAAACCGCGAAAAGUUCCCAUACCAGAGCGCUACGUCGAGUCUGACCCUGAUGAGCCUCCGAGUCCAGAGGAGCUGGAGGAACGCUCCCGCCGGGCCGAGCGCAUCAGGAACCUCCUGGCCAAAUCUAGUUAUCAGAACAUACAGCCGUCUGCACCUCUGGACUUCGGUGAGCUGGACUCGGCUCUACAGCAGCAGGAGAGGAUCAUGAACGUGUCCCACGCGCUGGCCUCCGAGGCCUCGCGCAAGAGCAAACUGGUCGCAGCCAAAGCAUCCGCAGAACACUGACCCACAGGAACGACCAGCACAACACCACUGAAGAUUUUUUUUUUAAGGGAAUGGAUCUAAUCAAUUUUUUAACUAACUGAUUUAUUUGUAACAAAAAACAUUUUUAUAACACAUUUGGAGUUUUGAAAUGGAAUCAAGUUCAUGCUUCUGCACUUACACACCACAAUUAAGCAACAAUAAUUUAUAACACGAGUGAAUUGCUUUUUUUUAAAUCUGCAAUAAGCCGUUUCGUAGUUUGGAAUGUAUUUUUAUGAGUGAAUAAAAUUUUGAAAUGAAAGCCAAUGCCAACAUGCUUAGACACAAUAGGAAUGUUUUGACACGAGUCCUUUAUUUAUUACAUUGUUUGGCUUGACAUGCUUGUUCAACUUUAACUGGAUAUUUUCUACAUAACAACCAUUGUCCUGGCAAUCAACUAAAAUGCAUUGGAAAAUAUGAUUAACGAUUACAUGUUAAAACUAAUUACAGAAAAUAAAUGUGAUAAGUUAAUUA